AUGAAUUCGUUGAGUUCACUAAUAAUUUUAAGCAUUAAUUUAAUUAUUUCAUCAGCAUCACAAGACUUGGACAUUAUUUAUUUUAAAUCCCACAAUUCUACAAAAUCUGAGAUUCCAAUCAGUUUUACUGCUUUCGGCCAGACCAUAAAGCUUCAAUUGUUGAGAAAUGAUAAAUUAUUAGCUCCUUAUUUUCAAGUUUGGCGUCACAGUGAUUCUAACGUUAUCGAAAGACUAGAUGAAUUAAGUAAACCACUGUCUUGCCACUAUAUACAUCAAGAUGAAUUAAUUACGGCUGCUGUUAGUUUGUGCGAAGAAGGACUGCAAGGAUUAGUAAUAUUAAACAAUUUCACUCUCGAAAUUACUCCAUUGGAUAAAAAUGAACAAGUCAUUUUUGAAGAUGUUCAUUAUGAUGAAGAAAUGCCGCAUGUUGUUAAGAGAUCUCAUUUAUCAUCAUUUUUUUCACCAUCAUCAUAUUCACCGUAUAACUUCAAUUCAGACUAUAAAUAUCCAUAUAUAAAUUCAAUCUUGGAUACAUUUGAAAAAAGACCACGCCGAAAAUUGACUGAUGAAUUGACCGUGGAAUUAGCAGUUUUCUUUGACGAAGCAGGCUAUAAAUUAUUUUCACCUUUCUUUGAUCACAGUGAAAAAAAAUUGCGCGAUAUGCUGUUAGCUUACAUCAACGCUGUACAAGCUCUUUUUUAUCAUCCUAGUUUGGGAAGAAGAAUAAAUAUUGUUUUAGUACGAUUAGACAUGAUGAAACAUCAACCAGCCGACUUGCCGCAUUACAAUGGUGAAAGAUUAAAAUUAUUAAAUUCAUUUUGUAAUUAUACUGCGGCUAAAAAUCCUAAAAAUGACGAUGAUCCAAAUCAUUGGGAUAUUGGUCUUUAUGUAUCAGGAUUGGAUUUUUAUGCAUAUGAAAAUGGUGAAAAAAAUAGUGUAACAAUGGGUCUGGCAACAGUUUCUGGAGUUUGUUUAAAUUCAUACGCUUGUGUUAUUGCUGAAUUUGGCGUGACAAAUCGAUUUGGUAAACCGUAUCCAUCUGCUGGUACCCAAGGAGAAACAAUUUGGUCUUCAUGUAGCCGAGAAGUAGCUAUUGAUUUACCACGAACAAAACCAUGUCUACUUGAUAAAAAUUUAGAAAAUUUUGACAAGACUUUGGACCAUUCAAGAUAUCUGACAUUACCCGGACGUACAUGGACUGCAAAAAAACAGUGCGAAUUAUUAUUAAGAGAUAAAGAUGCUGAUGUUGUUACACUUACUAACGCUUGUCAUACAUUAUCAUGUCGUAGUCCACAUCGUAGUGGUUAUUAUUAUGCCGGUCCAGCUUUGGAAGGAACCAUUUGUGAAGAGGGUAAAGAAUGUCGUGGUGGUGAAUGCUUACCGGCCUUGCACUUUUUAAAACCACAAUCUUCUGGAGUUAAAGGCAAUGAAGGUUGGAGUAAAUGGAAAGAAUUCUCUUGUAUCAGUGGUUGCAUAAAAAAAUCUAAAGGAUCAAAAAUUAGACGAAGAAUUUGUAAUAAUAGUCAAAAUACGAAUGGACAGCAAUUUAAUGAAGAUUGUAAAGGUCCUCAUUAUGAUGUUAUGAUUUGUAAAGACGAAAAGCUUUGUAAAAAGCGUAUAACUGCGGAGGAAUUUGCUACGAUCAAGUGUCAAGAGUUUAGUGAACAUUUGCCAGAAUUAGAUAAAUAUAGUUCAGGCUUACAAGCCCCUCAUGAAAUAGGAAGACCAUGGAUGGCUUGUGCUAUUUUUUGUCGACGAAAAGAUAUUGCUUCUUAUUAUACACCACGCAUUGAAUUAAAUGAUCUUGGUGUCGAUCCAUAUUUUCCUGAUGGUACUUGGUGUCAUAAUGAGAAUAAUCAAAAUUAUUUUUGUCUUCAACACCAUUGUUUGCCGGAAGAUUUUCGAUUUGCUAAAGACGCGUUGAGACGGACUACCACAGAUUUUAAUAAUUUAGGUCCACAAAAUGCUCAACCAGAUCAGUAUAAAAUUCCUGAUGAAGUAAUUAAGUAUUUAAGCUUAGGUAUUAAUGGUUUACCAUUGUCAAAAAAUUUUCCGUCAAAUGUUACAUCCACCGACAACGAAUGGACUGAUGAUGAUUACAUUGAAUUACCGGAUGAGUUAUUAUCAAAUUAA